AUGAGUUAUUUUUCAGGAACAGUCCUUUUAGGCGAGUUGGAUGACUUCAUUGCUCCUGCGCAGGCAUGUUCAACGGGAGUUUUUGGCGAUGCGACUUCAACUUCGGGAGGAAAAAUGCAACUUGUAAUGGAAGAUGAUCUAGGAGAUGAUUACGGUUCAGCAACAUCGAGUGUGAUUCAGACGAAUGUAGCCAAAGUAGCGAGCGUUUCACUGGCAGACUGUUUGGCGUGCACUGGCUGUGUAACGAGUGCGGAAACCGUGUUAAUUCAGCAACAGAGCUUGCAGACCUUUUUAGACGAACUCAAAGCUAAAGCCCACAAACUUUACGUUGCUAUUGUGUCAAGACCUUCCUGCGUGUCUCUCGCCAACAAGCUCGGCAUUCCAAUCGAUGAAGCGUUCGAGCGCAUUCGCUCCGUUCUCUAUUCCCAUGGAGUUUCCGUGGUCGUCCGUCAAGAUCUGGGCGAAGUAAUCGCCAUGUUGGAAUCGAUCACCGAAUUCGAUCAUCGUCGUCGCUCCACCUCUUCUCCUUCAUCCAUCUCACAAGACCCCUCCUACGCGAUCGAUUCGACUCGUUCUGUUUAUCCCAAAGAAGGCCAGCUGUUCAGUAGUCUUGAUAUUGAACACCUCUCUUCUACCAAUGAUCACUAUACGCUUCUUUCAAAUCCCUCCUAUUUCCAAAACGAAUCUUCGCACCCUUCUAUCACUGCCAACCACCCUUUUAUCACCAGCAAUUGUCCCGGCUGGGUUUGUUAUGCGGAGAAAAAAACACACGCCCUGGUUCCUUUUCUUUCCACCACAAAAUCGGCGCAGCAGAUUAUGGGAAGUCUGCUUCGCAAAAUGCUUCCGACCUUGACAAACGAACCCAUUCAGAGCCAGGAUAUUUAUAUUGCGUCGGUUGUGUCGUGCUACGAUCGAAAGCUCGAAGCUUCACGACGCGAUUUUAUGGAUCCCGCGGGGAUCCACGAGAUCGACUGCGUGCUGGCGACGCAGGAAAUCGCGGAACUGUUGGAGAAACCGGCUCCUUCGGCUCCUUCGGCGCCGGUUCGCGUGUGGUGGGACGAAAAGCGGUGGGAAGCGAUGGAAUCGGGGUGUCGCACGGCGUUCGACGACGUGCUGAUGAGUUCGGGGGGCGUUCUGCAAAGUCUGCUGAAGUUUGAGCUGCUCUCGCGCCCAGCAGCCCGGUUAGUGUUUGCUUUAUUUGUUGAAAACUCAAUGAAAAGAACACGAACAGUGCGAAACAGCGAUUUUGUGGAGAGUUCGGUGUGUGUAGGGGAGGAAAUCGUGUUUCGAGGAGCGUUUAUUUAUGGGUUUCGAAACAUACAGAAUCUUGCGAUGAAGAUCAAAAGAGGGAAGUGCGUCUAUGACGCUGUGGAAGUCAUGGCGUGUCCGAGCGGGUGCCUGAAUGGAGGCGGGCAGAUUCGUCCAGAAAAGCGUGAGAAUAUGAUGAAAAUCGCGGAGGAGUUGGGAGUAGGGGCAGUAACAAAGUGGAAACGUAGAAUUGGUAUGUUCGAGAGGGAUCUUCGUUCUCGAUUGAACGAUUAUUGGAGAGUGGAAAGCAAGUGUAUGAUGUAUUGGGUAUUGAGAGAGGAUCGGAGGAAGCAUAUGCGAUGUUUCACACUCGAUUCCAUGUAA